GACGAAUCAAGUUUCGAAAAGAAAAAAGAAAACCAUGGCGGCGGUAUUGCUGGCGAAAUUAUGUUUUCGUUGUUUAGUGCGUUUUUCCGACAGAGAAUUUGUUCGUUGAGGCAAUAAUUGAAAAAAUCGGAUUAAUCAAGAAACAAUGGAGCAUCAGGAAUUUUCCGGCGAUGAUGAAGGCGAUGUAGGAGACGAUGAUUCGUCUUUUCCGUCCAAUAAUGAAGAUGCCUUGAAUUCAUUUCGAGAAAAAUGGCAACGUGAACUUGAAAUAUCGCCAAAACGAGAUCCAGUCAAAAUAAAACAGCAAAAAUCAUUAAAUUCAAGUGUCUCUGAAGAUGAUACAAUUUCCAUUGAAAAUAAAGCGAAACAUCUUUUUUUGAAAGGCAUCGAACAUGAGCAAACUGGUAAAUUGUAUGAGGCAAUUCAAUUUUAUAAGCGUGCAGUGCAAUUAGUUCCUGAUAUUGAAUUUCGUCUUUAUGAAUCGACAAAAGUGAAAAAUCAAAGAUUUGAAGCUGAUGAAAGACUUCAUUCGUUAGAUGAUAAAAAUCGUGAAGACGACAGGACAGAUGAACAUGAAUACAGUGACGAUGAUGAUGAUGAUGAUGACGAUAAUUCCGAUCUAUUUUUCAAAUUGUCAAAAAUUGUCAGUCGCAAUCAACGCGUUUGUUUUCCACGUUUCGAGCAAAAUACAACGCAUAUAUCAGCAUUACCUAUGGAAAUUGUGCUCUACAUUCUCAGAUGGGUUGUUUCUUCGGAAUUGGAUUUACGAUCACUGGAAAUGUUUUCUCGAGUUUGUCGUGGAUUUUACAUUUCGGCGCGUGACGCUGAAAUUUGGAGACUCGCCUGUGUUCGAGUCUGGGGCGUGAAUUGUGGCAAAUUCGAACCGCAAUAUUUAUCCUGGCGAGAUAUGUAUUUGCAGCGACCAAGAUUGAGGUAUAAUGGAUGUUACAUGAGUAAAACAACUUAUCUUCGACACGGUGAAAAUAGUUUCCAGGAUCAGUUCUACAGGCCUUGGCAUCUUGUCGAAUACUUCAGGUACUUGAGAUUUUUUCCCGAGGGAAGAGCUCUCAUGUUGACAUCGACCGACGAUGCUCAAUUAUGCGUUAAUUCAUUGAAAUCACGAACACCACGUAAUCCAACGAUUUUAAUUGGUCACUAUCGGCUACGUGAUAAUUUGGUAACGUUGAUUCUAAAGAAACAAGAACUCAAAACAAACAAUAGCAAUAACAAUCAAUACAGACGUAAAAGGAGAGAACUUUUACACGACAGCGGUGAACAAACAUUCCACGCCGAAUUUGAAAUUCAAAAUCAUCAUAAGAAAGUGAACUCGCAGUUAACAUGGCUCACCUACAUUAUUUAUACGAAAUACAAAAAUGGCGAAGAGGUUCAAACCCGCUUGAAUCUUGGAAUGCGUUAUCCUCCCUUCAGAUUCAGUCGAGUUAAAAGUUACACUCAGGAAAGCGAAGCUCCCUUGCAGUAAGCGUAUGAAAAAUUAACAAUAUUCUUAAAAAUCUUAUUAUUAUUAUUAUUAAUAUAAAUCAUCGACAUCGUUAUAAUGUGGCUUAUUUUCGUCUCUAUGUUCUCGAUGUCGUAUUUUGCGCAAAUAUUCAAAUCACCGAAAACGGCUAUUUUUUAAAAAUGGUUGAAAAGUUUUAUUUCUAUAAAGUAUAUAAUUUUUAAUUCUAUUUACUAGUUAAACUACAAAGAUAAAUUUUCUUUUUUGAGAAGAAAAAUCUUUUCUAAUAACUAUAGAAAUAGAACGUGAAUGCGAUUUAUGGCGGAAAUUUUUCUAAUUACUGACAAAAGAAAAAAAGAGAGAGAGAGAGAGAGAGAGAAAGAGAGUGAAAGAAUGUGGAAAUCUAUUUUUGUCUUUGAAAAAGAAAAUGAAAUGGUUUGUUUUCUCUUCGGAAAAAAUUAUGAAGAAGACCAUGAAAGUGAGAUAUUGAUAUUCUACAAAAAAAAAAAAUGGUUAUUAGAAAAGAGAUCUAUAAGAAAAAGGAAUGAGAAAUAGUUUCAAUAUUUGAAACAACAUUUUAUUAUUUAUCCGAAAAUUGAUUUUUCGGUAUAAUAUUAUAAAUUCCAAAAUGAAAUCGAAUUUUUCGUCUUGUAUGUACAUAAUUACGUGCCUGCAAGCAUAAAAUAAAGUUUAUUUUUGACGUGCUAAAAAA